CUCGGUCGUGCCCGCGUCCCUGGCUCCCGUACUUGGUUAUCCACGUGAUUGUGAAACUCGCACGACAUCGCCCGAUGUGAAAGAAGAUGGACUCUAAAUAUCUAAUCCUAAUUAUUGUUUUCGCAACAAUUGAAAUCAGCGUUGUAGGGAACCGGCACAGUGAACGGCGCAGAUGGAAAUACGAAAAAGCUGUUAAGACACCAUUCGUCAAUGUUUGUAACAUCGAGGACCGGAGCGCCAGGAUACAUUGCUAUUGCGAUAGCAUAGAAUAUAAAAUGGCUAUGAAGGCGGAUUGCUGGAUUUUUAAUGGCGACAUCACCGAAGACGACCCGUUUUGGACAAACUUUUUGUCUCAACCUAAAUUAGAGAUACUUGGGUUCAGUGUUAGAGCUGACAGCAAAGUCACUUACAUACCCGCAAAAAUCAUAAUUCGACUAGAAAACCUCCAGUACUUUCGCAUCCAGUACGCAAACAUAUCACACAUACCUCCUUUUGUUUUUACAAACUCGUCGACACUAAGAGAGAUAUCGCUACCGAAAAACAAAAUAACAAAAUUGGAAAGAAAGUCAUUCUCGAACAUGAUACUGUUGGUAAAUGUUAGUUUGGUCCAGAAUCGGAUUUCAGAGUUGGAACGUGACGUUUUCUACAUGCUCCCGAACUUGCGCCGGCUGACCUUAUCAGAUAACAAUAUAACUAUUCUUCAUGAAGGGUGCUUCAAGCAUCUCAACAAUUUGGUGAAAUUAGACCUGGACAGUAAUUUGCUGACUGUAGUGACUAGGGAAGACUUCCGAGGUCUCUCCAACUUGAUUACUCUUAACAUGAGGAACAACAAAUUGUCGAUGAUAGGUGACUUCGCGUUUUCGAAACUUUGGGCCCUUCAGGAACUUUCGCUGGACGAAAACGAAAUACAAUUUAUAUCGCAAAAGGGCUUCGCUGGAUUGGCACGACUGAGGAAACUUUCUUUGACUGAUAAUAACUUGCGAACGUUAGACGCUGGUGUUUUGGAUAAUUUUGAGAAGUUGACCGUUUUGGACUUACAGAACAACAACUUGGACACUCUAAAACAGGAGACUAUGCAAAGUGUUCUGGGGAGCAUGAAGUCGAAUAACGCCUUAAUCUCUCUUGAGGGUAACAAACUGACUUGCGACUGCAGCCUCCGCUGGAUUUUCGGCCUCAACAACGAAACUCGAAGCAAACGCUUAAAAGCAGCUCUCGAAAGCGUAACUUGCAUCAUGGACGAUAAAUCCAACAUGGCAAUUGGCGAGAAGAAGAAUAUACCGAAAAACCAGACAACAAAUGAUUAUGAGAAUGAUGAAUUUGAUGAUGAAGUUGAUACAGUUGAAUAUAAAAAUCUGUUACGAGAAUUAUCACCAGAAAUGCUACGUUGCUCGAAUAAAAUUAGUCACGAAGCGUCUGAUUCGCCUCCGACAGACAAUGAAGUGAGCAAUCACUAUUCAACGUCGAGUUAUGUUGCCGUAGCAACGACGUUAUAUAUGUCAAUCUCUGUUAGCAUAUUAUUUUAAAUGGAGGUAGAUAUAAUGUGUAAAUGAAUGUGAUAUUCAAAACAAGCGGCUGGUUG